AUGCUAUUUCCAUCUAUAAUUCUUCUUCUUCUGCUGGCAGCAUUCGAUAUGAGUGCGAAGGCACUACCUACAAUCACCCAGCCACUCGCGGACUACAUGUGGCCAACACAAUUUGUGAGAAGCGGCGAGGCAAACAUUCAAGUCCUCGUCCAAGGUGCAGGACCGACUGUUGUUCUCUUGCCUUCUUACGGACGUGAUGGCGGGGAUGAUUACAAUUACUUCACCAAUUCCCUGGUAGAUGCAGGGUACCUUGUCCUGCGUCCGCAACCACGCGGUACCUUCCAGUCAACCGGACCAAUGAAAAACGUCACUCUGGGAGAUCUUGCAGCAGAUGUCGCGACCGUGAUUGAUGCACUAGGUGGCGGGCAAGCUAUCGUGAUUGGCCACGCCUUUGGUACAUUUCUCGCCAAAGUUAGCUCUGUCUUGUAUCCGGAGAAGAUCCCUGCAAUCGUUGUGGCAGCUCCCGGCGGCAUCGACUUGCCGACCGCUAUCGCCGGAAUGCCUUUUAUUGCUGGUAACACCUCUUUGCCUCUUUCUGAGCGACUCGAGGCUCUUGAAACGGCGUUCUUUGCACCCAAUCAUGACGCGCACAUUUGGCUGGAGGGUUGGUAUCCCGAAGUUCUUGCCAUGGAACGUGCGGCCGUGGCAGCCUACGGUAGCUUGGCUUCACACUGGGGUGGUGCCGAUACGGCACAAGUUUUGGAGAUUAUCCCUGCGAACGACCCGUUUCAGCCAGGGUCGGAAUGGAAUGUCACGACCACUCUAUAUCCGAACCGAGCAACCUCGAAAAUCAUCGCGGAUGCCUCCCAUGCUCUGUUCCCUGAGCAGGGAAAAGCUGUUUUGGAGGCCAUUCUGCCUUGGCUGAAUCUUCAGAGCUCCAAGGUGUAA